CAAAUAUUCUCAAUAUUGUGCCUAUAUAAACUCUAAUACGAUAUGUGCUUCUUCACUCAAUUAACAACCACUGUUUUAGGUUAUAAGAUAUACUCACUACUUCCUAGCUAGUUCCUAUUUCAAUAUUUCAUUACCAUUUGUGAUGGCAUUCAAUUUUUACCACAAAAUUGUUCUUGUUAUUUUUUUCACACUUAAUCUAUAUGUUUCUAUAGUAACUUCCCGUGACCUUAAAGGAUUAUCCAUGCUUGAAAGGCAUGAAAAAUGGAUGGCUCGUCAUGGACGUGUAUACAAAGAUGAGAUAGAAAAGGAACUUCGGUUCAAAACAUUUAAGAGAAACGUUGAGUUCAUUGAAUCGUUCAACCAGAAUGGAACUCGACGUUAUAAGCUAGCAGUCAACAAAUAUGCUGAUCUCACCACUGAGGAAUUUACGGCAUCAUUUAUGGGGCUUGACACUUCAUUAUUAUCCCAGCAAGAAUCAAUAGCUACAACAACAUUGUCCUUUAAAUAUGAUAGUGUGACUGAAGUUCCAGCUAGCAUGGACUGGAGAAAGAGUGGUGCUGUCACAGGAAUCAAGGAUCAAGGUGUUUGUGGAUGUUGUUGGGCAUUUUCAGCAGUGGCAGCUAUAGAAGGAGCACAUCAAAUCACAAACAACGAACUAAUAUCACUUUCAGAACAACAACUAUUGGAUUGCAGUACGACCAACAAUGGUUGUUAUGGUGGACUAAUGACUCGAGCCUAUGAUUACUUACUUCAGAAUAAUGGCGGGGGCAUCACCACGGAGACCAACUAUCCUUAUCAAGAAGGUCAAAGUGUUUGCAGCACUGGACAAUCAGCAGCAGUGACAAUCAGUGGUUACCAAGUAGUACCAGCAAGUGAGUCGUCAUUGUUGCAAGCUGUAGCUAAUCAGCCAAUAUCUGUUGGCAUUGCUGCUAGCCAAGAAUUUCAUUUGUAUGGAAAUGGGAUAUAUGAUGGAAGUUGCUACCCUAGGAUGAAUCAUGCAGUCACAGUUAUAGGUUAUGGUACAAGUGAAGAAGAUGGUACAAAUUAUUGGCUGGUGAAAAAUUCAUGGGGUACUAGUUGGGGUGAGCAAGGAUACAUGAGAAUUGCUAGAGAUGUUGAAGUUGAUGGUGGACAUUGUGGCAUUGCCAGGAUUGCUUCUUUCCCAACUGUUUGAAUUUUUUUUCUUUCUACAGAAACCUGCAAUUGUUAUAAUAUUAUGUACUAAGAAGAAAUUACCAAGGCUAUAUAGCUAGUAAUUGAAGAUUCAUGAAGAAAUUAAUUAAUACAAGUAACUUUGUUAAUCCUA